UUUUAGGAAAGCGCAUGCGCUAAACAACUUUACGUUCCGCCAUUUUUAGAAUUAAUUGUUGUGUGUUUAAAAUUGAUUGUGAUGUUUGUUGAAAAUCUAAAUGUGUAAUGAAUUUCCUCCGUUUUUAAUACAAAUUCGAAGAUCAGAGAUGUAUAGGUCGUAGUAGUCAAAAUGAAGUUCCGCUAAUGGAAAGGAUUUACUAAAUUUAGUUCAGAAUGGGAGCAUUUCUUAAUAAGCCAAAGACAGAUAAAUUACAGGAACAUGGCGAGGGUAAUGGUCUUAGGUUCGGUGUCGCAAGCAUGCAGGGUUGGCGAGUCGAAAUGGAGGACGCACACAUGGUUAAGACCGACCUUGGGGGCGCGCUUAAGGAUUGGUCCUAUUUUGCUGUGUUCGACGGACACGCCGGCGCUAAAGUUUCGGCACACUGUGCCGAGCACCUACUCGACGCGAUCAUGCAGACCGAAGAGUUUCAGGAGGACAUAAUGAAAGGCAUUCAUAAUGGGUUUUUGGAUUUAGAUAAUAAAAUGCGCACAUUACCCGAGAUGACCUCUGGUGAAGAUAAAAGUGGCUCGACCGCAGUUUGUGCUUUCGUAUCACCUCGCCUUAUUUAUGUUGCAAAUUGUGGGGACUCGCGUGCCGUUUUAUGUCGUGAUGGUAAUCCUGUGUUUACCACUCAGGAUCACAAACCAGGUCUUCCGACUGAACGCGAUCGUAUUAUUCAAGCGGGAGGAUCAGUGAUGAUACAGAGGGUAAACGGCAGUCUUGCCGUUAGUAGAGCUUUGGGUGAUUACGAGUACAAGAACGUCGCCGGUCUCGGUCCGUGUGAACAGUUGGUUUCGCCAGAGCCCGAAAUAUUUGUUAGGGACCGUGACGAUACGUUAGAUGAGUUUCUAGUCUUGGCCUGUGAUGGAGUUUGGGAUGUUAUGUCGAAUGAGGAUCUAUGUCAGUUUGUACAUUCGCGUCUUUUAAUUACAAGUGAUCUUCAGGAAGUUACCAGUCAAGUUAUUGAUACUUGCUUGUAUAAGGGCAGUCGAGAUAACAUGAGCAUUGUAUUAGUCGUUUUCCCCGGUGCACCGACCCCAUCGCAGGAGGCUAUCCAAGCUGAGCAAGAACUUGAUGCGAUUAUCGAGAGGAGUAUUAAAGAAGUUGUCUCUAACGAAGGACAGGUUUCGUUCAUGCGGAUACUUGAACUGUUUGUCGGUAUGGGACUUGAAGGAUUACCACCCGGUGGCGGUUUAGCGGCGAAACGAGCACUAAUGGCAGAAAUAUAUAGAGAAUUAUGUCCAAAACAAGAUGAUUCUGAUUCCGAUGAGUGUAUGUAUUCGUAAGAUGCCGGAUUUACAAGCAGAAGGAAGAAAGGUUGAUACAAAUCAUUUUUUGCUGAUCUAUUAUUUAAUACACGCUCUCUGUAAGUUUUUUUGUGUAUUUUAUAAUGUGUGUGGUUAUUUAACUGGCCUAAUACUUUUUUUGUACCAAAGUUUUAAUAUUAGAAAAUCGUUUGUACAUUAAUGAUAGAAUUUAUGGCCAUUUUAAAGAUGAUUGUCUUGUUUUUUGUAUUUGAGUCUUUAAAAUUGCCAAGAAUGGAACGCUUUAUACAUACCUCCAGAAAAAUGAAAGACGUACAUUUUAAUAUUAGAAAUAUAUAGUUUUGUACGUACUUAUUAAGUUAUUUCAAUGUUAGUGGUUUUAUUUCAUUAAAAGUGCUACACCUACAAGUUUUAACUUAAGUUCAAAUUUAUCUAGACAAACAAAUAAGUUAUCAGUUUCAUAUCAUGUGGUUUAUUGAUAUUCAAUUUUAUCAUUUAGUAACUAAGAUAUAUUUUUCAACUGUUAGAAAAGAAUAUGUAAAAAGUGUGUAAUAAAUAAGAGAA